UUCAGAUCUUGGUGUUCAAGAGGAAACGGCUAAUUUUAUAGGUUCUUUCAAAACCUUAACAUCCCCUUCACUAGUCACACCUCACAAGUUUGUGGCAUACGAAGUGUGCUACAAGGAGAGUAUCUCGAGAGUAUUAGAGCUCAAAAGAUUCUGGCGCAUCACAUCAACAAAUUGCUUAGGAUCGUGCAAUAAAUGUUCGCUUUGGAAAGUGAAGCCAUGACAUCACCAAAUGCUUCCCAGCCGGACUUGAUGAUUGCUUUCAUUUGUUUUUAUUCCUAUUCCGUUAAAGAGUUCAUUUGAGUCCAUCCUGAGCAUCAUCAACAUGUAUGGCAUCUAAUGUAGGCAGUCAAAAUUUUCGAGGAAGAUUGAAUGAACAUGCAAAGAAUGCAUCAGAGAUGAGUGAUAAAGAAAGGAGUGCAGUGAAGGCUGAGCUUGGGAAGCCUCCAGUGACCGAUGACAAGACUCGUUGUAUUGAUGGUUUUUGAGGAAGCUCAUUUGAAACCCUAACAUGUACAGCAGCGUACUUGGUCUUGCUUGGUCUCUACUUUCAUUCAAGUUACACUUCCAUAUGCCUCUGAUUGUCAGAGGGUCAAUACAAAUAGUUUCGGAUACAACACUCGGUGUGGCAAUGUUCAGUAAAGGUUUAUUCAUGGGAUUGCAGCCGAAAUUGAUACCUUGUGGAUAUUCAUUAGCGACAUUAGCCAUGGCCUUGAGGUUCAUAGUAGGACCUCUAGUGGCUGCAGCUACUUCAGCUGCGCUGGGCAUUCGUGGCAACCUUUUGUGUAUAUCAAUUUUACAGGCUGCCCUUCCGGCAUCGAUCGUUCCAUUUGUAUGUGCGAGCGAAUACAAAGGUUGUCCUCGGAAUACUGUUAUCAUUGCCGGUGGGAUUGCUCUAUUAUGCGGUUCUUGCAGCAAUCUAGUAUGAACGGUUAAAUGAAAUGAGCUCCAUGCAGAGCGUAGAAGAAGAUAAUUGAAGAUGAUGUCUUCAUAAUCAUAAAAAUGUACUUCUUUGAUGUUAACAGAGAUGUUCAGUUGGCUACUAGUGCUCAGACUGUGAACAGAGAUAAUCAUUGGGCUACUUUCAGUGUAGUUAGUCUGCUUUAUAGGGUGAAGAUGUACAUCUUUCGUUUAUUGGGUGAAGGGCGUACCUCGUAUGCCAUAACAUUUCUUGUUUCA